AUGACGCGGAACGAGACCAUCGGCCGCCAUGGAUCGGUAGAGAGCUCGUGGAGUUCGCGCUCCGGCGACACAAUACGGCCCUACGGACGCGCGGGUUCGCUGAGGGGCACCCCCGUCACCGUCAAGACGGACAAGAAUCUCAAUUCGCGUGUCGAGAGGGAGUCCGAGAUAUCGCCUGGCACCGUCCCCCCAGCUCCUCCGCCCAAAGACCCCUCGCACAAGCCGCGCAAGCCUGCCAAUUGGGACAACCCUGCGCCGAGCGCUUUUGGGCAUCACCGAAAACAGCUGGCUGUCCUGGAGACGUCGGGAGGACGAGUGCCGUCGAUAUCGCGAAACCCCCCCACCGCUUCGAGCACCAAUUCCCAAGUUGCGCCGUGGUCUACCGCGCCCAACGGGAGCACCAUGGCCAACAGCGUCUGGAGCAGCUUCUUCAACGAUUCGAAUGAGGACGUUUCGUCGCCUGGAUUUCGCCCGGGAACUGGUACCAGGGAGGACAGCAUGGGCUUUCCCAUCAAAGACGACAGACGGCCCUCUGUAGCCAGCGCCACCACUGUUAGCAGCACUGGCUCCAAAUCGAGCAUGGGUCGAGGCUUCCACAAACGCCUGCAAAACGUAUUCGGAGAAGACUUCCCCGCCGAUGACCGUCAGAACUCGGAUACGAGCUUGAACACGCAGCAGCGGAACCGUGGCAACUCCCUCAGCAAUACCAUAGGCAGUAGACAACAGUCGCGCCCGACCUCGCCUACCAGUUCACGACCACGUACACCCCAGGCGUCCUCGGAAGUCACGCCAUGGGAAUUCCAAGACUCAAAGGACGUACCUACCCCGGGUGAGAAUGGAGGACGUCGCUCAUCCGAGCAACAUUCAGCCAAGUCGGGUCGAUCGCACCAUAAGCUGCACGUAAGGCUGCCUGGCACUGGCCACCGGCACAAGGGCAGCAAGGAGGAGAACAAGGCGCCGGAGGGACGCGCAGACAUAAGCCAGCCUUACCCAUUGCGUCCCACCACCAGCCGCGAAGAUUCCACAUACAGCAUUCGCCCGAACCAGCCUUCAGCCCUCAGCUCCGCCUUUGCCUCCAAGACUAGCCUUCUGGGACGGCCCUCAAGCCCAACGCCAAGCUCAUACUCGGAUAUGACAAGAGAUGAGAGGAUAGCGCAGCGAUCACCCAGCACCAACAAGACGUCACACGGCUUUUUCGCACGAUUACGAGGCAAAGAUAAGGACAAGCCAGAUCGCACACUGCCACAAGACAAUCUCAAAAACUUGGCUGCCGCUGGAACGGCCUCGGCCACCUCUCUGAAUCCCUCCAUCAACACGGCACGACUCCCAAGGCCAGAGGCGUCUCCGCAGAUCAACAUGGCGAAGCGGCCGAUCAACAACGGUGUCGAGGCCCAAGGCAAGGAACAAAGGAUGAGAGCUCCUCACCACCGUCUGCCAACCUUCCGGAAAGACAAGCGCGCACCCGCGAGUGAGAACACCGGACGAGACCCCAACGAUACCAUCGCUAGCACAGCGGGUAACGAUGCUGUCUUUUUCCUAGACAGGAAUCUUGACGACAUGGAAGGCAUCGUAAAUCCUUCAUCACAACAACCGCCCAUGACACCGCCUGUAGGAGAAGUGCCAAAGCAGCCACCAAACCUUGGCGAAGAUAUCUCUGUACCAGGACCUGAUGAUGACGGUACCGCAGCCUGGGACGCGCCAGACUCUUGGGCAGUGAAGCGUAUGAAAGACGAGAUGGACAAGCUGAGAGACGCCGAUGAGACUACAACACCUUCCAAGGAAGAGAGUGACAGCAAGACAUACUGUCUGCGCAUCUUCAGAGUUGAUUCGACAUUUGCGACACUAUCGGCCACCUUGAACACGACCGUAAAAGAGAUUAUACAAAUUCUAGGAAAGAAGACCGUGCUGCAGGACGAACUGGACAACUACCACAUUGUGAUGCGGAAACAUGAUACUUCGCGGCAACUGGAAAGUAAUGAGCGCCCGCUUUUGAUCCAAAAGCGAUUGUUAGAACUUGCCGGAUACACUGAUCAGGAUCGUCUCGAAGACGUUGGGCGUGAGGACAACAGCUACCUCUGCAGAUUUACCUUCCUCCCUGCUAAGAUGAGCGGAUACUCCAGUCUGGAACGGGACCCCGGGUUCAGCAAGAUGCAGAAGUUCAGUCACAUCGAUCUCCAAGGUCGGAACCUAAUCACCAUACCCAUCACACUCUACCAGAAAGCGACUGAGAUAAUAUCCCUCAAUCUGUCGCGCAAUCUGUCACUUGAUGUUCCCAGAGACUUUAUCCUUGCAUGCACCAACUUGAGGGAGAUCAAAUACACAAGCAACGACGCUCGACGACUACCCCCCAGUCUGAGUCUUGCCAGCCGCUUGACCAUGCUGGACAUCUCGAACAACCGUCUCCAAUCUCUUGACCAUGCCGACCUGUACAAGCUGCAAAGUCUCCAAGGUCUUCGACUUUCCAAUAACGGGCUGACCCGGCUACCAAGGUACUUUGGGGAAUACCGUGCGCUUCGCAGUCUGAAUCUAAGCUCGAAUUCUUUGAACGAGUUCCCCGACUUUCUGUGCGAGGUCCGGACACUGGUGGAUCUUGACAUCAGCUUCAACUCGAUAUCGAGCUUACCCAAGAUCGGCCAAUUGACAUGUCUAGAAAGGCUCUGGGCGACGAACAACAAACUGACUGGUAGCUUCCCUCCAACACUGAGCAAUUUGGUCAACCUUCGAGAAAUCGAUGUGCGGUUCAACGCGCUUGAUAGUAUGGAUGUCAUGUCCCAAUUACCGCGACUGGAAUACUUGAUGAUCGGGCACAACUCCAUUUCCGCUUUUGAAGGCUACUUCCCAAAGAUUCGCGUCCUGCAUAUGAACCACAACCCAGUUACACGUUUUGGUCUCAAUCAGGCAACACCGUCACUAUCGGUCCUCAAUCUUGCAUCAGCCAAACUGGCGCAACUGCCCGAAGAUCUGUUCGGCAAACUGACCGGUCUCACAAAGCUCAUCCUCGACAAGAAUCAUUUCACGUCAAUAUCGAACAACAUUGGAAAGCUUUACAGGUUGGAACAUCUUAGUGUGGCACGAAACUCUCUGGACGUAUUGCCUGCCGAGAUCGGUCGGUUGGUGGAGCUUCGGUAUCUGGAUGUGCGUGAGAACAAUCUGAGCGUACUUCCCUCGGAGCUCUGGUAUGCUCGACGACUAGAGACACUAAACGUUUCCUCUAACGUCCUCGACGCAUUUCCCAAGCCCGGCGCAUCACCUCCACAGGUAACAAACGGCGAACAGAGCCAAGUAGAUGGAGCGUCUACACUUGCCACACCAGGUUUGGCCUCGAGUCCCAGUUACGAAGAGCUGGGGAAACUGGAAGACUUCCAGAAUCGCCGUCCGAGUCAGGCUUCAGGGGGUCUUAGUGUUGGUGCAUCGUCUGCUUCUUCACAACGGAAAGGGUCGCAGGCAUCAUACAACACUUCGAGCACGGCACGCAAAACAUCGGUCGCGUCUCGUGCGGCUACCGAAGGAACUGUGACACCCAUGUCCCGCAAAGACUCCAGCCUUAGUAGCCGCUUGGUGACUACUUUUGCGGGCUCCCUUCGACACGUGUUUUUGGCUGACAACCGGCUAAACGACGACGUGUUUGACGAACUAUGUCUACUUCCCGAGCUGCGAAUCGUGAAUCUGGCGUACAAUCUUAUCUACGACGUACCACCUCGCACGAUCCGAAGAUGGCAACACCUCACUGAGCUGUACUUGUCGGGCAACGACUUGACAUCUCUACCUUCAGAGGAUCUGGAGGAAGUUGGUUCGCUCAAGGUCCUCCACAUCAACAACAACAAGUUCCAGGUCCUGCCGGCCGAACUUGGCAAGGUUGCGCAGUUGGCUGUUCUCGAUGUGGCUAGCAAUUCGCUGAAAUACAACGUAUCGAAUUGGCCAUAUGACUGGAAUUGGAACUGGAACCACAAACUCCGCUACCUGAAUUUGUCCGGCAAUAAGCGUUUAGAGAUCAAACCGAGCGGCUCGUAUAGUGGUAGUGGUAUGAGCAUGCGAGAAGGGCGCGACCUUACUGACUUCAGCUCAUUGAUCAAUCUUCGAGUGCUUGGGCUUAUGGAUGUCACAAUGAUGGUUCCAUCCGUACCUGAACAGUCAGAAGACCGGCGAGUGCGCACUGCUGGCUCUGCUGUCGGGACAAUGGCGUACGGUAUGGCCGAUUCUCUGGGUCGCAACGAACACAUCUCGACUAUGGACAUGGUUGUACCCCGCUUCCGUAGCCAUGACGACGAGCAGUUGCUGGGUCUGUUUGAUGCACAACCACUUGCGGGCGGCGGAGCUAAAAUCGCCAAAUACCUGUACGAUCACUUCAAGAAUCGGUUCGCCGACGAGCUCGAGCGUUUACGACCGAACGAAACGCCAUCGGACGCUUUGCGACGAACUUACCUUGGUCUUAAUAAGGAAUUAGCUACCGCUGCAAGUCAAGGUCUGGACAAGAACGGUCUCACUGCACCAUCGACACAAACACGCAGUUCUGUGCCUGACCUCAGCGAUGAUGACCUGACAUCUGGAAGUGUGGCAACUGUACUGUUCCUCAAAGAGAUGGAGCUUUACAUUUCCAACGUUGGUGAUGCACAAGCCCUUCUGAUCCGUUCAGAAGGAGGACACAAGAUUCUUACCAGAAAACAUGACCCCGCUGAACCCGGUGAGAGGUCCAGGAUACGAGAAGCCGGCGGGUUUGUCUCGCGACAGGGUAAACUAAACGACGUUCUCGAGGUGUCAAGAGCAUUUGGAUACGUUCAAAUGUCGCCAUCGGUUAUCGCUUCCCCACACAUCCUCAACCUUACCCUUGGCGACAGAGAUGAAAUGAUCUUGAUAGCUUCGCGAGAACUGUGGGAAUAUCUCACUCCAGACUUCGCUGUCGAUGUCGCACGAUCGGAGCGCGACGACUUGAUGGUUGCCGCUCAGAAACUCCGCGACUUGGCCAUCGCUUUCGGCGCGACUAACAAGAUCAUGGUGAUGUUGCUUGGUGUCAGCGAUCUCAAGAGCAAGCAGCGUGCUCGAUACCGCACUCAGAGCAUGUCUCUCAUACCCGCUCCUGGUGCAGAUCCUGAUUUCGCUGCCACGCGCAGACGUGGAAAGAAGGGCAAUUUGGUUGGUGAUUCUAAGCUUGCUCGACUCGACAACGAGGUAGACGCGCCAACGGGAGAAGUCAGUCUGGUAUUCACGGAUAUAAAGAACUCGACCAUACUCUGGGAAACGUACCCGAUUGCCAUGCGCUCUGCAAUAAAGAUGCACAACGAACUCAUGCGCCGACAGCUGCGCAUCAUUGGUGGUUACGAGGUCAAGACGGAAGGCGACGCCUUUAUGGUCGCUUUCCGCACUGUAACGUCAGCUCUGUUGUGGUGUUUUACGAUUCAGAGUCAGCUACUCGAAGUACAGUGGCCGCAAGAGAUUCUCAACAGCGUCAAUGGGCAGGAAGUCGUUGACCCUGAUGGUAAUGUCAUCUUCCGAGGUCUCUCAGUCCGUAUGGGUAUCCACUGGGGCACGCCGGUGUGUGAAGUCGACCCAGUCACGAAGCGCAUGGACUACUUUGGACCCAUGGUCAAUCGCGCUUCUCGUAUCUCUUCCGUUGCUGAUGGAGGUCAAAUCACCGUCUCGUCCGACUUCAUCGCUGAGAUUCAACGUCUGCUCGAGACGCACAUUGAAGGCGAUCGUAAGAACUCAGCCGGAUCUGAAGAAGCAUAUGGCGACGACAUGAACAGUCAGAUGAUCCGUGGUGAACUACGAUCGCUUAGCUCCCAAGGUUUCGAGGUCAAAGAUCUGGGUGAACGCCGUCUCAAAGGACUUGAGAACCCUGAAUACAUAUACCUCAUGUACCCCCACUCGCUGGCCAGUCGUCUUGCUAUCCAACGACAGACGGAACAGAAACCUGCAGAACAACAGAAAGAGGCUACGGCGGGCCAGAAGAUGGCGGGUAGUCAGCUCACCAUCGAUACAGAAGACGUAUGGGAUCUCUGGAAUAUUAGUCUACGUUUGGAGAUGCUGUGCAGUUCGCUCGAGAACCCAGGAUGCUCAGAGUUGAAGCCGCCCGAGACGGCGCUGUUGGAAAGGAUGAAGAGUAGGGGUGGCGAGAUAACGGACCGAUUCUUGAUCAAUUUCGUCGAGCAUCAGAUCUCCAGAAUCGAGACUUGUGCCAGCACCCUCGCCCUGCGUCAUCUAGUAAAGCCGUUCGGCAGUGCGCCUCUACUUGAGCAAGCUUGCCACAUGGGCGACAUUUUCUCAGAGCUAACCGCGAAGCUAAAGCGACUUGAGGAGUUUGAACGUGGAGCUAUGGAGGGCAUGGCGCCAUCAUGA